AUGGAGGGACACAGAAGCAAAUGCCGACGAUGGGCAGGUGAAGGACGAGAGCUGGAGGCCUUACUGAGUUUUUUGUUACUUUUUCUUUGUUUUGUUUUGUUUUCUAAUCCCUAUCUCCCGCAGGAGCCGGCGGUGGUGGCGGUGCCCCUACGCGGCCACGACUUCACCGGCCUCGGCUUCAACAUCUACGGCAACAUGAGAGACGGGGUUUUCGUGAAAGACGUUCUUCACCGCGGUCCUGCCUCGGAGUCGGGCAAGAUCAGUCCAGGCGACCGCCUCCUGGGCCUGGCGGUGAGCACGGAGCACAUGGUUCACGAGGACGCCCUUACGCUGCUCUCCUACGCGUCCCCAUACCCGGUGCUGCUCCUGCUGGAGAAGUCUGCGCAGGGGGCCGACCGACGCCUGCCUUCUGCCACGUCGGGCCGCCCCGUCCAUCCGUUCUACAGGAGCCAGUCUAUUGACGAUCUCGCGAAGAUCGGCAAGGCGGACAUGUCGCGGGUGAGGGCCGCCCGGCUGUCCGGCGCACGGACUUCCAAGACAGAGGUGUCACGCCCAGACCUCGUGGGCGGGAUGGAGCUGCCACGCCUUAGCCUGAGCUCGGGCAUAGGCACGGGCGUGACUGCAGGCGCGCGGGUGGAUGCUAGUCUUGUACAGAGAGAGGCGCCCGAACGACACUCCGAACGUGCCAUUGAUGUGCCAGGCGCCGACGUCCGGAAGCCGACGGCGCGGGUUGAGGGUCCCGCAGUCCACGCCGAUGCCAAAGCCGACUCGAAGCUAAAAUUCGGCAUCAAAGUCUUGCCAGAUUUGACAGGAAGAGUUUCUAAGCGUGAUCUCGACCUCGAAGCUGGAGGAGAACUGUCAGCUGAGGGUCCUUCACUCAACCUUCAGCAACCUCGUCUAAAUCUUGAAACCGAAAUGGACACUCCCUCAGCAGGAAUUGAGGCCGAGGGCUUCGACGGGGCCAACAAGAAGCCAAGUGGCAUCAAGUUCGGAGUCAAACUGCCACAGAUGAAAGUCAAGGCCGGGCAAGGUGACUUAGAUGUGCCCGAUGCCACGGUUCGGAUGCCAAACAUACCUGAAGGUGAGGUAAGACUCGGAGUUGAGGAUAACCUGAACAUCAACAUGCCAGACGUCGACCUUGGCGGAAGAGGCGUGAACAAAGUCUCACUCGAACCCAAGACAGACGACGAGAAGCAGAAGGCCAAGGGUUCCUUUGGCAUCGACCUGGACUUCAAGGGCUUCGGACGGGGCCAGGAAUCAAACUCUGAACGCAAGGAGGAAACCGACUCCGACAGAGAAACUGGAAAAUCAAAAGGUUUCGGUAACAUGAACUUUGGUCUCGACUUCAAGGGUCUGAAGAGAGAUGACGAAGUUGUUUCAGACGAAGAGAAAGUGAAGUCUAAAGGCAAUAUUGGGCUUAGCAUUGACACUCCGGACCUCCAGAUGCCAAACGUAGAAUUUGAACACAAAGUAGGCAAUGUAGAAAACAUCUCAUCAAAGUCUGAAAAAUCAGGUUUUGGGAUCGACUUCAAAGGUCCUGAAUUCUCCAUGCCCAAGCUUAACCUACAAGGACAAGCCAAAGGUAAGGGUGACGGCGAUCAAGCUGGGCUCACCCUGAAUGCUCCUGAUGUGAACUUACCAGACGUGAGUUUCAACAAGACGUUGGAUGUCGAAGGAGGAGCAGGCGCUGGCGGCAUGAACGUUGACAUAAAGGGACCUAAAGUUGACCUUUCCCUCCCAGAGGCUGACCUAAAGGUUAAGGGUGGUAUGAAAACAGAUGCAGAAGCUGAGGUUGAUGCAUUUAAGAAAGGCGGCUUUAGCUUUGGCCUGACAGGUCCAGACAUCAAUCUUCCUAGCUUUGGCUUGGGUGGGCGAAGUGAUGAAGAAAAGGACUCAGAUGAAAAGAAGAGCAAAAAGGAAAUUAAGGGCGAUGGAAAAGAUCUAUCGCUAGAUAUCCGAGGCCCUGAUAUUACCCUACCGAGUAUGAGCCUAAAAGGUAGUGCAGAGCCAGUUCUAGAGGAGGUGAAUGUAGAAGCAGAAGAAGGAGGUAAAAAGAAGAGCAAAAAGAGCAAGAAGGGUUUUAGUUUUGGAUUCAAGGCUCCUGAUUUUAAUCUUCCAGGGAUGAAUUUCAAGGGGCGUGGAGAUGACAGUGAUAACGACGAAAGCAACAACUCUGAGAGUGAAAAGAAAGAUAAGAAGAACAAGAAAGGCUUUAGCUUUGGUCUGAAAGGUCCUGAAAUGAAUGUCCCGAGUGCGAACCUGAAACUUCAGGGUGAUGCUUCCAUGCCAGAUGAAGGAAAGGACUCCGAUGAUGAAGGAAAGAAGGAGAAAAGGAAGAGCAAGAAGGGCUUCAGGUUUGGCUUGAAGGGACCCGACGUGAACAUGCCAAACGUCCAAGUACACGCAGAGGCAGAUGCAGGCACAGACAAUGACGACACGAAAGAUAAGAAAAAUAAGAAGGGAUUCUCCUUUGGAUUAAAAGGUCCUGAGGCAGACGUCAACCUUGGAGCUAAAGGCAUCGAGGCAGAGGGCUUUGAGGUGAAAGGACCAAAUGUAAACAUACCUGAUGUCAGCCUAUCUGGUGGUUUGGAUGUUGGAGACAGGGAAAAGCCAGAUGGAGAGGACGAUAAGGACAAAGAAAAGAAAUCUAAGAAAGGAUUUAGCUUUGGUUUCAAAGGACCUGAUGUCAGCUUACCGAGCAUGAGUAUCAAGGGAAAUGCAGAUAGAAGUGAAAAGGAGAAAGACAUAUCUGAUGAUGAAGAUGGAAAUGACAAAACUAAAAAGAACAAGAAAGGCUUCAGUCUCGGAUUAAGAGGUCCUGAUUUCAGUAUGCCAAGUAUGAGUCUCAAAGGAAAUGCCGAAGGAAGGGAAAAUCAAAAGGAAGAGUCGGACGACGAUGGUGAUAAGGAUAAGAAAGCCAAGAAAGGAUUCAGCUUAGGAUUUAAGGGGCCUGACUUCAGCCUACCCAGCAUGAGCAUUAAGGGAGAAAAGGGAGACAAUGAAUCCGACGAUGACGACAAUGACAAGGAGAAAAAGGCGAAGAAGGAGUUUAGUCUUGGACUGAAGGGACCCGACUUUAAUCUCCCUAGCCUGAGUCUGAAGGGAAGUGCUGAAGGAGAUGUUAAGGAGAAGGAAGAAUCUGAUGACGAAGAAAGCGGCAAAGACAAGAAGUCUAAGAAGGGCUUUAGUCUUGGACUAAAAGGACCAGAUUUCAGUAUGCCCAGCAUGAAUAUCAAAGGUGGGGUAGAACACACUGCUGAAAGGGUGGAAGUAGAUGCCGAUGAAGAUGAGAAGGAAAAGAAAUCAAAGAAAGGAUUUAACUUUGGUUUCAAGGGUCCAGACUUCAGCCUGCCUAGCAUGAGCAUCAAGGGCAGCGGGGAAGGAGGAGACAAGGGAGAAGAUUCUGAAGAUGAUGAGAAAGACAAGGACAAGAAAUCUAAGAAAGGGUUUAGUCUUGGCCUGAAGGGACCUGACUUCUCAAUGCCAAGCAUGAGUCUCAAGGGAAGUGCAGAAGGAGAUGAUAAAGAAAAGAUUGAAUCUGAAGAUGAAGAUGAUGAUAAGAAAAAGUCAAGGAAAGGUUUUAAUCUUGGAUUCAAAGGACCUGACUUCAGCCUCCCCAGUUUGAGCCUCAAAGGAAGUGCGGAAGGAGAGAGUAAGGAAACAAACGAGUCAGAUGAUGACCAUGAAGAAGGAAAGAGUGGGAAGUCAAAGAGAGGUUUUAAUCUUGGAUUCAAGGGACCUGACUUUAACAUGCCCAGCAUGAGUCUCAAAGGUAAUGUAGAAGGAGGUAGUAAUGAAAAGGAACAACCAGACGAUAAUGAUGACGAUGAAAGUGGUGACAAGGAUAAAAAGUCUAAGAGAGGAUUUAAUAUUGGACUGAAAGGACCUGACUUUGGCCUACCCAGCUUGAGCAUGAAAGGAAGUGCAGAAGAAUGUGACAGGGUAAAGGACGAAUCCGAUGAUGAUGAAGACAAGAAAGGUAAAAAGUCGAAGAAAGGAUUUGGUUUUGGGUUCAAGGGCCCCGAUUUCAGCAUGCCAAGUAUGAGCAUCAGGGGAAGUGCUGAAGGUGUCGAGGAGAAAGAAGAAUCCGACGAUGAAGAAGAUAAAUCCAAGGACAAGAAAUCCAAGAAAGGGUUCAGUCUUGGGCUGAAAGGUCCUGAUUUCAGCCUACCCAGCAUGAGCAUGAAAGGAGGUGCAGAAAUCGAACAUGACAAAGAGCCUUCUGAUGACGAUGACACUAAUGACAAAGAUAAGAGGGGCAAGAAGGGCUUCAGUCUCGGAUUCAAAGGCCCUGACAUUAACCUGCCAAGUAUGAGUCUCAAGGGAAGUGGAGAAGCCGACGAAAAGGAGGAGGAAUCAGACAAUGAUGAUGAAAAUGACAAAAAUAAGAAGUCAAGGAAGGGCUUCAGUCUUGGGCUCAAAGGUCCUGACUUCAAUAUGCCUAGCAUGAGCAUCAAGGGCAGUGGAAAGGGCGACAAAGAUAAAGAAGAUUCAGAAGAUGAUAACGAUGAGAAAAAAUCCAAGAAAGGCUUCAGUUUUGGAUUCAAGGGUCCAGAUUUCAGUUUACCAAGUAUGAAUAUUAGAGGAAGUGGAGAAGGGGGAGAUAAAGAAAAGGCAGAAUCGGACAACGACAAUGAUGAUAAUGAUAAAAGCAGGAAAGGUUUCAACCUUGGUAUUAAGGGUCCCGACUUCAGUCUGCCAAGUAUGAGCAUCAAGGGCAGUGGAGAAGGAGAUAAAAAAGAAGAUGAAUCUGAUGAUGAUGAAAAACACAAGGAUAAGAAGUCCAAGAAAGGAUUUAGUCUUGGAUUUAAGGGACCUGAUUUCAGUCUUCCCAGCAUGAGUUUAAAAGGUCGUGGACAGGAUGAUGGGUCAGAGGCUAAGAACGACAAGAGUGAUAAAGACUUCAAUCUUGGACUGGAGGGUCCUGAUGUUACUCUUCCAAAUGUAGACUUGAAGCUCCAUGGCGAUGCUUCCUCUGGAGUCGCCGUGGACAAGGAGGAGAGUGAUGACGAGAAACAAAAAUCAAAGAAAGGCUUCAGUUUUGGAUUCAAAGGGCCUGACAUAAACCUUCCUAGCUUUAGUCUCAGAGGCCGUGACCGAGGUGAUGGCGAAGAUGACUCAGGAGAUGAGAAAGACAAGGAUGGAAGAGAUAUCAAAUUUGGCUUAAAAGGGCCAGACGUCAAAUUACCAAGUGCUGAUCUAAGUGCCGAAGCAGACUUGGACCUAGAAUCUGACAACGAAAAGAAAUCGAAGAAAGGAUUCAGCUUUGGCCUUAAAGGUCCUGAUCUGAGCCUACCAAGCUUCAGUCUAAGGGGCAAAGGAGACAAGGGUGAUAAUGACGAGGCACAGAGUGACGAAGACGAAAAUGACAAGAAGAAGAAAUCCAAGAAAGGCUUUAAUAUUAACUUGAAGGGUCCUGAUUUCAACCUUCCUGACGUCAAGGUAAAAGGUCAUGGAGAUUUAGAAGGGUAUGAAGGGAAAUUGCCAGAAGGGAGCAUCUCCAAAUCUGUAGAGUUAACUGGACCAAAUAUUGAUCUUCCUUCUGUAGACCUCAAAGCUCAGGGACAAGUGGAUGAUGAAGACACAGCCAAAGGCAAGAAAUCAAAAGAGGAUUCAGCAUGGGGAUCAAAGGCUGAUUUCAGUCUGCCUAGUAUGAAUAUCAAAGGAGGCAAGGAUGAAGAAGAGUCGGAUAAUGAUAACGAAAAUGACAAAGAUAAGAAGUCCAAGAAAGGUUUUAGUCUUGGUCUAAAAGGACCUGAUUUCAAUUUACCUAGUAUCAGCAUGGGAGGAAGUGCAGAAGCAGGCAGUAAGGAGGACAAUGAAUCAGAUAAUGAAGAAUCUGGUAAGAAGAAGUCCAAGAAGGGCUUUGGUUUUGGAUUCAAGGGCCCUGAUUUUAAUAUGCCUAGCAUGAGCAUCAGAGGUGGAGGAGGUGACAAGGGGUCCGAUGAUGAUGAUGAAAAAGAUAACGAUGGGAAAUCAAAGAAAGGAUUUAGUCUUGGUCUCAAGGGACCUGACUUCAACAUGCCCAGUAUGAGCAUCAAGGGAAAUGCUGAACAUGAUAAAGAAGCUUCAGAUGAUGACGAUGAUAACAAAAGUGAGAAGACAAGAAAAGGCUUCAACAUUGGCCUAAAAGGUCCCAGUUUCAAUUUACCAAGCAUGAGCAUCAAAGGCAGUGGAGAAGGACGAGAAAAGGAAGAAUCAGAUGAUGAUGAUGAUGAAAAUGUCAAAGAUAAGAAAUCUAAGAAAGGAUUUAGUUUUGGAUUUAAAGGACCUGACCUCAGUAUGCCAAGUCUGAGUGUCAAAGGAGGUGCAGAUAAUGACAAAGAAGAGUCUGAUGAUGAUAAAGACAAGGAAAAGAAAUCGAAGAAAGGAUUCAAUCUUGGAUUUAAGGGUCCUGACUUUAGCCUCCCGAGCAUGAGUCUUAAAGGAAGUGCAGAUGACGAUAACACGAAAGAUGAACUUGAUGAAGGAGAAAGAGAUAAGGAUGGAAAGUCAAGGAAGGGUUUCAGUCUUGGAUUAAAGGGUCCUGAUUUUAACAUGCCUAGUAUGAGCAUGAAGGGAAAAAUGGAAGGGGAUAUUAAGGAUUCAGAUGACGAGAAAGAAGACAAUGAAAAGAAGUCAAAGAAAGGUAUUAGUCUGGGUUUCAAAGGUCCCGAUUUCAGCAUGCCGAGUAUGAGUAUCCGGGGCAGUGGAGAAGGUGACAAAGAGCAAGAUGAAUCUGAGGACGACGAGAAAAACAAAGAAAAGAAAUCGAAGAAAAGUUUUAGUCUUGGAUUCAAAGGACCUGACUUCAGUCUUCCCAGCAUGAGCAUCAAGGGCAGCGGGGAAGGAGGAGACAAGGGAGAAGAUUCUGAAGAUGAUGAGAAAGACAAGGACAAGAAAUCUAAGAAAGGGUUUAGUCUUGGCCUGAAGGGACCUGACUUCUCAAUGCCAAGCAUGAGUCUCAAGGGAAGUGCAGAAGGAGAUAAUAAGGAAAAGAAUGAAUCUGAAGAUGAUGACGAUGAUGGUAAGAGUAAGAAAUCAAAGAAAGGUUUUAAUUUUGGAUUCAAAGGACCUGACUUCAGUCUUCCCAGCAUGAGCCUCAAAGGAAGCGCAGAGGGAGACAAUAAAGAAAAGAAUGAAUCUGAAGAUGAAGAUGAUGAUAAGAAAAGGUCAAAGAAAAGUUUUAAUCUAGGAUUCAAAGGACCUGACUUCAAUCUUCCCAGCAUGAGCCUCAAAGGAAGCGCAGAGGGAGACAAUAAAGAAAAGAAUGAAUCUGAAGAUGAAGAUGAUGAUAAGAAAAGGUCAAAGAAAAGUUUUAAUCUUGGAUUCAAAGGACCUGACUUCAGUCUUCCAAGCGUGAGCCUCAAAGGAAGCGCAGAGAGAGACAGUAAGGAAAAGAAUGAAUCUGAAGAUGAAGAUGAUGAUAAGAAAAAGUCAAAGAAGGGUUUUAAUCUUGGAUUCAAAGGACCUGACUUCAGUCUCCCCAGCAUGAGCCUCAAAGGAAAUGCAGAGGCAGGUGAUAAAGAAGAAAACGAGUCUGAAGAUGAUGAAGAUGGAAAGGGUAAAAAGUCCAAAAGGGGAUUUAAUCUUGGAUUUAAGGGACCUGACUUCAACCUACCAAGUAUGAGCAUCGGAGGGAGUGUCGAAGGAGACAUGAAAGACAAAAAAUCUAAUGAAGAUGAAGACAGUGAUAAGGAUAAAAAGUCCAAGAAAGGAUUCAGCCUUGGACUAAAAGGUCCCGACUUCAGUUUACCGAGCAUGAGCAUUAAAGGAGGAGUAGAGGAAGAUGAUAAAGUGAAAGAAGAAUCAGAUGAUGAAGAUGUAAAGAGUGAUAAAGGUAAAAAGUCCAAGAAAGGCUUUAGUCUGGGUCUAAAGGGACCUGAUUUCAAUCUGCCAAGCGUUAGUAUCAAGGGAAGUGGAGAAGGAACCCAUAAGAGAGAAGAAUCAGAUGAGGAUGACGAAGGAGACAAGGACAGGAAAGGAAAGAAAGGGUUCAGCCUCGGCUUUAAAGGACCUGAUUUCAACAUGCCUAGUAUGAGAGUGAAAGGAAGCGCAGAUGGAAAUGUGCGAGAGAGAGACGAAUCUGACAAUGAUGACAAUGAUGAUAAAGGUAAGAAAUCCAAGAGAAGCUUUGGUCUUGGUAUCAAAGGACCAGACUUCAAUCUACCCAGCAUAAACCUUCGCGGUCACGGCGAUGGACAUGACGACAAGCAAAAGGAAAGUGACCAAGAAGAGGAUUCAGAAGUCAAGUCAAAGAAAGGUUUCAAACUGAAUUUUAAGGGUCCUGAUGUAAGAGCACCUGAUGUGAACUUGAAGAUGAGUGGACGUUCGGAUGAACUUUCUGACGAAGAAAAGAAAAACUCAAGGGGGCUUGACUUUAAUCUUCCUAGCUUCAGCUUGAAGGGCCACAAAGGAGGCAAGAAUGAGGACGAUGACCACGAUAGCGAAGACGAAGGCAGUGGCAAUAAAGAAAAGAAAGGUUUUAAGUUUGGAUUUAAGGGCCCAGAUAUAAACCUACCAAGUCUGAAUUUAAGACGAUCGGAAGGCCAUGAUUCUGAUGAUGAGACUGAAGGGAAAGUCAGUAAGAGGAGCUUUACUGUUGAUGUAAAGGGCCCCGAAGUCCAUAUUCCUGACACGACAACACAUGUGGGAAUAACUCACAGUAAACCAGAAGUUAACAUGCCUAACAUACACACAGGAAUCAGUGGUGCAAAAGUAGAUGUUAAUAUUCCGAAAGUAGAAUCCCCAGAUGUAGACCUUGCCUUUGACCACGGUUCAGCUGCAAAGAAAAAGGAUAAGUCUUCCAGUUUCGGAUUCAAAAUCAAUGCCCCGGAUAUAAGUAUGCCAGACUGGGAUCUUCGAAUGAAGAAGAAAAAUUCAGAGGGUAAAAAGAUAGAUGUUGAUCUUCCCAGUGUCGAAGUCCCUGAUAUUGAAGCCGAAAGUGACCUCCCAGAAGUUGACAUUGAUUUGAAAAAGUCCAAGAUCGACUUGCCAGUGGUAGAUUUAGAAGCUGACUCCAGUAAGUUAGCUAAUUCAGAGACAGAUUUGGAGAGCACACAACACUCACCUGGAUUUGGCAUGGCUUUUGGCUUUAAAGGUUUCAAGAAACACAUUGGCAUUGACUCUCGAGGGACUGAAAUUGCCAAUGUUACUGAUGCAAACGUUCAUGUAACGGCAGCUGAAGUCAACAUUGGCAGUCCAGAUAUUGACAUUCCUGAAGGUACUGUUGCUGCCAAGAAGCGUGAAUUCUUCGAAGCUUCCAAAGUAAUUGCAACAUUGCCAGAAGGUGAGGUGAAGCUAAAGGGACCGAAAUAUUCACCCGCUGGUGAGAGCGGAACCUUUAGGAUCACAGCAGGAGGAAAUGCCGAGGAAGACAUAGAAAAAACAAAAUCAAAAUCAAAAGGAAAAGAUGAGGAGGAUGAAGAAAAGACCAAAACAAAACAUAAAUUCGGUUUAGGCUUUGGCUUCCGAGGCUUUAGCCGCUCGUCUGACAGCGAGGACGAUACCCGAGAACCAACAUCCUCCCUAACCCCUGACCCUGACAAGCAAGAAGUCAAAGAGGACAAGAAGAAAGUCAAAGGGAAAAUGAGCUUCGGUUUCAAAGGCUUCACUCGUUCCUCAGACACCGACGAGGAACACUCAGAGAAAGUCUCCAUGGACCAGGAUGGUGAUGAGGAUAAGCCAAGACCCAAGGUGAAGGGCGGUCUGCACUUUGGGUUCAAGGGCAGAGGGAGCAGGAGCUCAGACUCGGAGGACAAUAAUGACCAGGAACGGGUAGGCACCGACCCGCAGGCCGAAGGAGGCCCUGUCAAACAGAAACUUAAGCCAAGUCUCAGCUUUGGUUUCAAGAACAAGAGUAAAAGUUAUGAUGUAGAAGGUGGCGAUGCUGAGGCUGACUCUGUCCGGCGGGAAGCUGAAGUAGAGGAGGAGGUAAAGGUGAAGUCCAGAUCUAGCCUUAACUUUGGUCUUAAGGGUUUCGGUAAGGCUGAAGGAAAAUAUGAAAUGAAAUCAGAUUCAGAGGGCGGGGAUGCUGAUGAGAAACUGUCCCUCGAUACACGUGGCGAUGAUUCUGCCAGAGGCAAGUCGCAGAAGAGCAUGGGUUUCAACUUCCGAAGUAAGAGUGGAAGAAGUACCUCUGAUUCCGAGGGUGUUGAUGCUGAAGACCGAGUAGAGUUUGAUACUCGCGGUGGAGAGGAGAAAGUAAAGGAGCCAAAGAGCAAGGGGAUUCGGCUGGGUUUCAAAGGCUUUAAGAACCUGAAGGGGAAGAUUCAGACAGAGAUCAACCGUAUGAGACAUGACAGCCAUUCAAGUGAUGAUGAAGCAACUCGUGAAAGCAAUGUGAAUGAACAUCCAAAUGCUGCAGAAGCAAAGAGAAAGAAGAAUGCUAAGAAGAAAAAAGACAAAGAAAAGAAGAAUAAGAAGGACACAGAAGAUGUCUUAAACACAUCAGAAGAAAAUGCAAUGGCUCUCGCUGCCAAUGCAGCCAAAGAAAAUCGACGAAAGCGCACAGAAAAAGCAGCCACCUCGUCCUCAUCAUCUAGCUCAUCCUCCAGCUCUGAUGAAGAAGAUGAUUCACCCACAGACAUGAAAAGGAGAAAGAGAAACCGAGGACGUGGGCGGCAGAUCGCAACAGGAGUCACAGAAGUUACUAUAAAUGAACGACCUGUCGAUGUAGAAGUCAUAGAAGAAGUACACGUGACUACCCGUCAAGUAAACGUCGUUAUUCCAGAAUUAUCUGCUUCCCUUGGAACUCCUCAUUUGGAUGAAACCGACAUUGUUCAUUCCAAACGCCGAGCUCCAGAACCUCCACAGGCAAUUGUAACUUCAGGAUCUGUUGCAGGAAAGAGUAAUUUAGUGGUACGGGAGGUCAGACUAAAGUCCUUCCAGCCUCCCGCAGGAGCCACAGAGGUUGUAGAGAUAAUGCAAAAGAGUGUUUUGGAAAGGCAAGUCCCACCUCUUGUCCUACAUGAUACCACUUCCACUGCAUCAGACAGUGAUGUUGAACGAGGCAUUGCUGGAGCAGUGAUUGAACCUAUUACCUCUUCCACUCCAAAACGACCACCAACGGACUCCGAAGAACUUAAGCGUAAAGCCGCCUCUCUUGGAGAUCUUUCUCGCUUACACACUGAACCUGAAGUUGUCAAUGUUGUUCUCGAGCGCGCCAUGUCCCUAGACUUAACACGUGCCGAAGCAACCACUGCUGCUGAUAAUGUACCCAAUCUUCAGCAUCCUCGGCGACUGCAACUUCCAGACUCCUCUGCUACAUCUAUAGAUGAGGAGGAUGAAGUUAUUGGAGUGCGAGUAGAUGGUGGCAUGGGAUUGCGACGUGCAGGACAGUGGGGCACUCUUGAAGAAGCUUUGCAGUUCAGAAGACACAGUGACCUUAGUUUGGCAGAAGCCGUGUCACCAAGGGUCACAGAACCCGAGGGAGAGCCUGUCUCACAUAUUGAAAUCAGUGGCUCUACCUCCAUCACUGAUAUCUCUUCCACCCAGUGGGUCACGGCCUCAGAGACCUCAAGGAGCAUUACGCUUCACCACAGAGAAGACGAAGAUCAGGAUGAGCCUCCAGCCCUGCCUUCCACUCCAGCUCCAGUGGGUGGUACUACAAUCACAUUACUGGACGGCGAUGCAACCAUUACGGGUGGGAGUGUGGAGGUCACACCUGUCACAGUUGUCAAAGACACAGGUGUUGUAGUUGUGCAGGCUAACCCUCCCACAGUCGAGGAGAAACAGGUCAGUAAUUUCACAGUUCAGCUUCGUAAUGUGACUACACAGGAGACCCACACAAUGAAGACCAUCCCCACCAGUAGCAGUAGCAGCAGCCGCAGCAGCCUCAGCAGUGACAGCGAGGUGGAAGGAAUUGCUCAUCACGAGGGUGGCAAUGUGGACGGCGUGACUGUAACGGUGGCGCCCAGAGUAAGCAGCGUAGACAUCAGUGGCCCUACCUCCUUUACGACUGUGCCCCCUCCUGUGCCCCCGAAGCCUCGAGGUUCCCGUGCACAGUCUCCUCCUCAGCUUGUAGUUCCCUUACAGGAGCCUGCACUCGUGACCGUGAGGGAAAACGGCGCUGUUGUGGUGACGACGGAUUCCCCCCAUGUGGAAACCAUGACUCUGGGUCAUAGCGGAAUGAUUACCAGGGAAGGAAUCGAGACUGUUACUCUGGGCCCAGCAGUGACAAGCAUCGAAAGUGUCACACUCGGCCCCACCAUCACAAGAGAAGUGACCAAUAUCGAGGGCGUAACGCUAGGACCUUCUGUCACCCGAGAGACCAUUGUGGUGGAAUCCUCGGAGAACGGCAGCAGUUUCCCCACCCAUCUCCUGCGCACCGACAUGUCCUCUCUUCCGCAAAAGUCCCUCACGCAGAUCACCGUUGACGGAGGUGGCUACACGGUCACCGAGGGCGCCCUCAGCAGGACGCUGAUCAUCUCAACGCCCGCGACUCCGGCACACUCUGCCCCCGGCCCUGACUCCCCGCCGCCCACGCUGCAGCCCCCACAAUAGGAGAAGGAAGCUCCCUCCUUUGUCAAAAGUUAACUCGGGCUCUCGCUCGGCAGCGGAAUAAGAAGUAGACUAGACUCCACGUCUUCGUCCCGGCUCUUCUGACCGCGGAUCCGAGGCGAGAUCGAGCGACAGAAGAAAUCAAUGUUUGACAUGCCUGACAGUGUUAAUCAUGGUGCAUGGUGUUAUACACGCACCUAAGUACCCAGAUCAUGAUCAAAUCAAAUACCAUAUUUAUAUUAAGCAAUAUUACCUAAGUUCAAAUUUUGUUAUCUGUAAAAUUGAAGAAUAGAUAUAUAUAUGUAGGUUUUUUAUCUCUUUCUUUCACUGUAUCUUAAUAAUGUAAGGUUGUUGGUAAUGAAUUUAUUUUACAACAAUAGAUAUUAAUUUAUAGUUUUGACUUUUGAAAAUUAGGAUUCCAUGCGAUUUUUUUUUAAAGCAAAGCAUUUAUUGAAGAUUAAGCGUAAUGUAUUCUAUUGUCUCUUCUAAGUUUUAUAUACAUUGAGUUCAAGCAUUCAAACACUAAAAAAAUUAUCAUGUGUAUUGCCAACUACUCUGUUCUCUAAAACCAAAGUUUGUUUCCGUAUCAUAAAGAAUAGCUUGCCAGUGAAGCUUGACCACAAGAUAGAGUCGCGCUUAUUUGCUCAAAACCUGCGAGAUGACCCAGUGACACCGAGGUCUAUCUCUCUCUCUCUCUCUCUCUCUCUCUCUCUCUCCCUCUCUCUUUCUCUCUCUCUUCCCCUGUGCCUCGAAGUAAUUAUCUCUUAGGUUGUAGGCAUGCUCACAUUUGCUUUUUUACACUGAUUAGAUGUUUGUUCUUACGUUGUGUGUGUAUUUAAUUGCUAAAACGUUCUCAUCAACUGCCAAUGUGUCCGGACAGCACAAGACUACAGUUCUGUACCCGCCUCUGAUACCUCUGAUGUCAAAUGGACUUCCAUCGAGACAUACACAGAGCCUGAUAGUGUUUACGAAAAGUUAUGAUCACUCAUAGCCUCUCAGGAAAGACAUUUUUUAAAUCACUUGCUCGUGUCCUACCCUUCUUGUGCCUGAGAUUUAUAAACACUGUGACUGUCAGAUAUGAUAAGUACUUAAAAAAAAAAAAAAACUCUUCUAAGGCCUGAAGGCGAAAUAAAAAGCAAGACUGAGAAAAGUGCGUGAUCUGAGAGCAAAGGAAAAAGAAAAAUAGAAGAAAAAUGUGACGUGAAAACAAAAGAUCAGAAAAUCACAGAGACAAGACAAUAAAUAAACAAAUAACCGUCCUGAAAUAGGUUUGAAUCAGGUUCUGACUAGACGCUUAUAUUCAGAGAGAAGUUCGCGAGGUGUUUUUGUUUAAUGUGCAGUGCCGGUAGGUCGUUUGUUGCGUUUGUCCGACAACCCUUAUCGCCCGUCCAACUGCAUCCCUCCAUACACACAGACCUCUUUGCCGUGUGCUUUUGGGCUGUACGUUUAGCCAAUUGUAUUGUGUAUUCUUUCCAGAAGCAUCUUCUUAUUUUAAAAAUUCUCUUCGGUGAUUAUAUUUUCUGGAGUAUAUCAUAAUAUUGUUUGUAAAUCUUCUGAUGUAUUUUUUUAUACUACAUUCCGCGUGUAUUGGUAAUAGGUCUGACAUGUAAUGUAAUAUUUUUUAUGAAUUUUCUUCUUUGUGUGUAUUUAAAAAAAAAAAAACCUCCAUGUGUUAUUGGGUGUAUAUAAUAUAUACUAAUAAUAGAUUAAUACUAUAGCUAAUCAUAAUAUUAAUAGUAACCUAGUAUUAACAGUUCAAGGUCAUCUAUUGGGCUCGUUCAUAAGAAGGAACAGGAGGUGCCAUAAUAAAUAAAGAAUAGCC